AUGCAACAUCACCAUCACCGCAAUGCAAGACCUGCAAUAAGGUUCUCAGUCACCCCUGACCCAUCAGAUCUCAACUACCAGCUCUCUUUUACUUUGGAGCGUGGCCCAGGUAACCCUUUUUACCUCUGCACCUGCGAACAGCAAUCGGUGGCAACGAUUAUUGAUUUAGAGCCAAAUACCAAUGCCGCAGGGGUCAUAUCAAACAUAUUCAACGGUGGUCCUGACAACAGUCAGAGGAGAAGUGAACCUCUUUUGGGGAGACGAGUUACACAAGAUGACUUUGAAACCGCUGUACAGCUUACUCAGCCUGUCAGCCUGAACUCUAUGGAUGCGCUUCAGAAUUCAGUGUGGCACAAGCUCAAGGAGACCAUUCUGCAGAGAUUGGCCGGGGAAGAGCUUUUUGUCACAGAAUAUCGCUUUAAGACAGGAGACUACCGCAGCCUUGAUCCCAGUAAGGAAGAUCGCACUCAGGGCACGGAGAGCAUCGUAUUAAUGACCCGGCAGGAUUGCGAAAGGGCACGUCAGCCAGUGGCUCCCGUCAUGGUGUAUUACAGAAGGGUCCGCUGA